UGCUGUUGGGUUUGAGCUUCAUUGCAACAAAAGAAAUGACCAUGAAAAAACCAGUUUUACUACUUCUUGUAGUUCUCUUGAUUGGCCUUUCAUGUGGGUAUGUCUUGUGCAAUGACUCGGACUCGGACUCACACUCAUCAUCAUCAUCAACUCUGAGAAUACUUUUGGAGGUUAAAGAGUCGUUUGUUGAAGACCCACAAAAUGCACUCAAAGACUGGUCUGAAGCCAACCCAAGUUUCUGUUCAUGGAGAGGUGUUUCCUGCGCAACAAACGCAAACUCAAACUCGGUUGAUGGCUUAGUCCGAUUGGUGGGUCUAAACCUGUCCGACUCAUCACUCGGCGGGUCAAUCUCACCGGCACUCGGCCGUCUAAAUAACCUGCUCCACCUUGAUCUUUCUUCUAAUCAGCUUUCGGGUCCCAUUCCACCUACUCUCUCUAACAUUACCUCAUUGCUAUCUUUGCUUCUCUUUUCUAACCUACUCUCAGGUCCCAUCCCGACUCAACUCGGCUCGCUUUCAACCCUACAAGUCCUCCGAAUCGGGGACAAUGGCCUCACCGGUGCAAUCCCAGCCUCGUUUGGUGGACUUGUCAAUUUGGUCGCUCUUGGUUUAGCCUCUUGCAAUCUCACCGGUCCAAUACCGCCCGAACUCGGCCGACUCAGGAAGCUAGAGAAAUUGAUUCUGCAGCAGAAUCAACUGGAAGGACCGAUUCCAGCCGAGCUCGGGGACUGUUCAGGGCUUGUUGCGUUCACUGUUGCAGUCAAUAGUCUCAAUGGAUCAAUCCCGGCCGAGUUGGGUCGACUCAAGAAUCUCCAACUUCUCAACCUCGCCAACAAUUCUCUCUCCGGGGAAAUUCCAAGCCAGCUAGGUGAACUGCGUCAACUCGUUUAUCUGAAUCUUCUCGGGAAUCAGCUGGAAAGUACAAUUCCCAAGUCAUUGGGAAAGUUGGGUAAUCUUCAGAAUCUUGAUUUGUCGGCAAACAAGCUCUCCGGUGAAAUCCCAGCAGAGUUAGGCAACAUGGGUGGGCUUGUUUUCAUGGUUUUGUCAAGCAACAAUCUGUCUGGUUUCAUACCAAGAAAGAUAUGCUCAAACACAACCAAUUUACAGCAUUUGAUCCUCUCGGAAAAUCAACUUUCCGGGAAAAUUCCAGUGGAAUUGAGGGAGUGUCAGUCACUGUUGCAGCUUGAUUUGUCUAAUAACACUCUCAAUGGGUCAAUACCAGUGGAGAUUUAUGAGCUAGUUGGUUUAACUGAUCUUCUUCUCAACAAUAACACCCUCUUUGGUUCAAUCUCUCCAUUCAUAGCAAAUCUCAGCAAUCUUCAAACACUGGCAUUGUAUCACAACAACUUGAAUGGAAAUCUGCCAAACGAGAUUGGAAUGCUUGGGAAGCUCGAGACUCUGUACGUCUAUGAAAACCAAUUCUCAGGGGAAAUCCCAGUAGAAAUCGGAAACUGCUCUAGCUUGCAAAUGAUUGAUUUCUACGGAAAUCAAUUCACAGGAGAAAUUCCAAUCACCAUGGGAAGGCUGAGGAAAUUGAAUUUUCUUCAUCUGAGACAAAACGAUCUCUCGGGCGAAAUUCCCGCCAAAUUGGGUUACUGCCAACAACUAACUGUACUGGACUUGGCAGAUAACCGUCUUUGGGGUACAAUUCCCGCCACAUUCGGGUACCUCCGUGCUCUAGAACAGCUCAUGCUUUACAACAAUUCUCUGGAAGGUAAUCUCCCCAUUGAACUCGCCAAUGUCACGAACCUGACGAGGAUAAAUAUUUCAAACAACAGAUUCAAUGGUAGUCUGGCUCCGUUGUGUAGCUCUCGAUCUUUUCUCUCUUUCGAUGUCACCAACAAUGGAUUCGAUCAUGAAAUUCCACCCCGGUUGGGUUAUUCGAAUUCUCUCGAAAGGCUAAGAUUGGGAAACAAUAAUUUCACUGGGAAAGUUCCAUGGACAUUUGGAGAAAUCCGAGAACUGUCUCUGUUAGAUCUCUCUGGCAAUUCACUCACCGGAUCAAUACCCGUUUCGCUUUCAUUGUGCAAGAAACUGACCCACAUUGAUCUCAACAAGAAUUUCCUCUCGGGUCCAAUUCCGUUGUGGCUGGGAAGUUUGCAUCGAUUGGGUGAGCUCAAGCUUUCUUCCAAUCAAUUUUCCGGGCCACUUUCCCCUGAAUUGUUCAAUUGUACCAAUCUUCUAGUGCUUUCUCUUGAUCAAAAUUCACUUACCGGUACUCUCCCUCUUGAAAUUGGUAAACUCGCGUCUCUCAACGUCCUCAACCUCGACCAAAACCAAUUCUCUGGACCCAUUCCUCCCACCAUAGGCGAGUUAAGCAAGCUUUACUAUCUUCAACUUUCUCGGAACAGUUUUAGUGGCGAAAUCCCCAUUGAGCUUGGACAGCUCCAAAAUCUUCAAAGCAUUCUAGACCUCAGUUACAACAAUCUCACAGGUCAAAUCCCACUUUCUAUCGGAACAUUGUCCAAACUCGAAGCGCUUGAUCUAUCCCACAAUAAACUUGUUGGGGAAGUCCCUCGACAAGUCGGUGAUAUGAGUAGCUUGGGAAAGCUCAACCUCUCGUACAAUGAUCUUCAAGGCAAACUUGAUACAAAAUUCUCUCACUGGCCAGCCGAAGCGUUUGCAGGAAACUUGCAGCUCUGCGGAGCCCCUCUUAAUCGCUGCAAUAACGCAAAGUACAGCGGUUAUCAGUCCAGCACGAGUGAAUCACUGGUGGUAGUUAUUUCAGUUAUUUCAACCCUAAUUUCAAUUGUUCUGCUCAUAAUGGGAGUCACUCUCUUCUUCCAGCGCAAGCGGGAAUUCUUGACAAAAGGUGAUGAAGUCAACCGUGCUCACUCAUCCAGCUCCUCCCAAGCGCAGAAAAAGCCGCUCUUUGGCUCUGUCAAGGGAGAUUUCAAAUGGGAGGACAUUAUGAAAGCCACAAACAAUCUAAGCGACAAGUUCAUAAUUGGGUCAGGAGGGUCUGGAACUAUAUACAAAGCAGAGUUUCCCACUGGAGAAACCGUGGCGGUUAAAAAGAUUCUGAGAAAAGACGAUUUCCUGCUAGAUAAAAGUUUUUCGAGAGAAGUGAAGACGCUGGGGAUGGUGAAGCACCGGCAUCUGAUGAAGAUAUUGGGAUACUGUUGCAAGAGAGGGGCCGGAUCAAAUCUGUUGAUAUACGAGUACAUGGCUAAUGGGAGCGUGUGGGAUUGGCUGCACCAGAAACCAGUGAACCGAGCGAAGAGUAAGAUGAUUGAUUGGGAAGGAAGAGUGAGGAUUGCGGUGGGGCUAGCGCAGGGUGUGGAGUACCUACACCAUGAUUGUGUGCCGAAAAUCGUUCACAGGGACAUUAAGUCGAGCAAUGUGUUGCUGGAUUCUGAUAUGGAGGCACGUUUGGGGGAUUUUGGGUUGGCAAAAGCAGUUGUUGAGGAUUAUGACUCGGUGAACACUGAAUCAAACUCUUGGUUUGCUGGGUCUUACGGUUACAUUGCUCCAGAGUACGCCUAUUCUCUAAAGGCAACAGAGAAGAGUGAUGUUUACAGCAUGGGAAUCGUGUUAAUGGAGCUGGUGAGUGGAAGAAUGCCGACUGAUGGGAGCUUUGGCGUCGACAUGGACAUUGUGAGAUGGGUUGAGUCACACCUUGAAAUGCUAGGACCUGCUCGAGAACAGCUAAUAGAUCCUGUGUUGAAACCAAUGUUACCCAAUGAAGAAACUGCUGCAUUUCAAGUUCUUGAAAUAGCAUUGAAAUGCACGAAAACUGCCCCGGCAGAGAGGCCAUCUUCUCGGGAAGCGUGUGAGCUCCUCCUACGGGUGUCCAACGACAGGAUGUUCUAUUCGGAGAAGAUGAUGAGUCCAGAUUCAUAUGCAUAGUUUAUGAAAUCAGAUCUAUGUUGGAAAUUCAAAAUGAAGCAGUAUUAUGUGAAUAGAGAGAAGUACAUUCAGCACAAACAUGCUAUGCUAUGUGUUUCCUAUAUUUAUGGCUUAUAAUU